AUGAGCUUGCGGUCAAUAUUGGGGGGAGGUCGCGUAAAGAAGCCAAAGUCCAAGCCGAAAGCUUCAGCGUCGCCACGGAAGAACGAUGGGACAAACAGCCCCCGGCCUGGCAGCAGCGCCAAAAGGAAGCCUGUGCCGGCAGGCGCCAAUGUAGACGACAACGAUGACGACGACGACUUUUUUCACGACAGACUCGACGAUGUCGGUCUCGUUGCGGCGCUGGCGACCGAUAUGUCGUUGCGCGACGUCGUGCAAGCUAUCAAGUACACCCGUGGCCGCAUGUUUGGCCCCGUCCCUACAGAGGCGGCCGGCAUGAGGUCCACGCGCAUCGCCGAGGUGCUCAAUUACCGCAAAGCCAUGCCGGGGAUCGUGACGAUAUCGCACCUCCACGCGCUGCUGGCCUCCCCGACCGCUGUGGAACGCGAGGUCGCAGAGUUGCAGCGUGGUGGAGCUGUUCGCAAGAUCUACGUGCAACGUCGCGGCGGGCUGGGAGAGGCCCUCAUCCAGACCUCCGAGCUGGAGGAGAUGGUGGCGCAGUCUGUAGGUUUAGAUGAGGAGGCGAAGACGGCGUUCCUUAAGUUCCUUCGAGAACACCCUCUGGCGCAGACGAUGCCGCGCUCUGCAUCUGGUCACAAGCAGGCCGAUGCCCUGGUGCGGGCAGGGUUCUUGACGGCCAGUAUUCACCCGCAGCACGUGAAUACCCCGCUGAUGAAUUUGCAUUUGCGCCCGGAGGACCGCGGCAGCCUGACGAGCAUCGAGGCCGUGUCUCGCGCAGCGUCCGGCAGCUUCGAUGCCGUGGGCGGCCAGGGAGCGGUAUACGCAGCGGGCGGUGGGGGAGGGGCGCCGCGUCUACCCCGUGCCGACUCGUCAUGUUCGGUGGCCGAAUUCACCAUCGCGGUACCCGGGAACGGAUCCUUCUUGAAGUUAACCGCCGCAGCGGUGGACCAUCUGACCCGGCUGUUGUCCAAAUCUCAAUUCAGAGAGAUGCCCGUGUCUAUGCUAAGGGAACGGUGGGAGGGUGGCGUUGCCCGGGAUGAGGCACGUCUUGCAAGAAGGGCGAGGGGUGAGUUCGCCGGCGUGCUGCCGGGACGGACCAAGAGAUGGAAGGAGUUCUAUGGCUUGGAGUUCGAUUGGGUACUGGAAGAAGCAAUGGGCGCCGGCCUUGUUGAAGUUUUCGAGACGCGGAGCGUCGGGAGGGGGGCUCGUUUGCUGUGA